GACGCUCAGAGGAUACGCGAACGGUCACGAAAAAAUAUUUUUGACUUUAUUAUAUAUUUGAACUGUUCAGCAUACACGUUGUCUGGAUUGUAUGACAAAACACUUUGUAAAAUAGAACAAAAAUGCAAGCGCAAUUAUUGAUCACUUGUGCGGUUGUGUCAUGUUUGUUGUUUGGCACAGCGGCACAAAGACGGACGUUUGCUUACGAGAGAAAGCCUACAAUGUUUGAUGCAUUGGCUAACAUGGCUAAUAACGGAGGUUUCGGUGGUAGCGUUGGUGUUACAAGAAACGGAGGUUCCAACGGUAACGGUGGCCUGACUGGAGACAUGGCUUCUAGAAGAAAUAUUGGCAUAGUGAGUAACGGUGGGGGCAAUGGUAACGAAGCUUUAGCCAACGCACUUCGCCUAGCUAAUACUGGAGUUAUGAAUGGUAACGGAGCCGCUCUUCAAAAUUUGUUCAACCAACCAACAGAGGUUCCAGACUGUCCUCUUGAAAUUCACCCUGAUACAGAGUCUAUGUUCAUCAUGAGAAGCCCGCUCGGUGACCCUGAGCCAAGAACCUGUCCACCGGGCACAUACUUCCUGAGAUCAGUGUGCUCCUGUGUAAACAGACCACUAGACAGCAAAGAGUGCAACUUGCGACCUUCAGCUAUAGGUCAAGGAUGGUACGAGGAGAAUGUAUUUGGCGUCUGGGUACAGAGACCAUGUGGCCCGGGCUCAGCCUAUAACCCGACAACUUGUGACUGUUCUCUCACUUUGUAAAAACGUGUCAUGUUAUACAUUUUAUCUAUUUUCGUUGAGCAUCACAUACGAGACAAUACGUUUAUUUGACGCCACGGAUGCUGUCCGGUCGACUGGCAGUCUUCAAUGUUUUUUGACCUAUAACUAAGAAGGUCAUAUACAUGAAAUUGUGUAAUAAUGCCAUUUUGAUGUAUUUUCUAUAACAUAUUUAUUAUUAUUAUUAUGUAAUAUGAUGUAUUUAUGGCUUUUUAAAGAUAUGUUAUGCUCAGAUUUUAAACUUAAAAAUAUUCAAAAUUUGCUACACAGUCUUUUUUUAAAUAUGAAAUAAACAUGUUUUGACUUCAAACGAAAUAAAUAUCUUAUGUUUUAAAAUCUACAAUAUUAAUACAUAGUAUCAUUAAAAGAACUGGGAAGGGCAAUUUUUACGGGAAUGAAGCUCCUCAUACAUAGUGUAUAUUCAUUUUUCAUUCAAAUUAGAUAUACAUGUAUUUAGUAGGAAUUUCAUACAUGUCAAUAAUUUUUUUACGAUAAAAGUAUCUUACUGAAAAAUGAGCAUAGCAUAUCUUUAAAUAACUGGGGCUAAAAACCACUCCGGGAUCCGGGGGUGGGAGUGGGGAGUGUCCUUUUUGAUGUGGCUAACGUAAAAGAAUAUCUUAAAUGACUUCGGUGGCAAUUUGCAUGGUUAUUUAUCAUCUAUCUGUAUAUGUAUGGACUCAGUUUUUCUGUUACUAAACUCUUAUACUGGGCGUCAGAAUUAUUUCCACUGGCGCCAAAGUGUUCAGAAAAUUUAGUUGUUCUUUUUUAAUUAAAGGCCCAUUAGAAUGCCUCAGAAAUGCCUUAAAAUAUUAAUUCAAAUUUCUCAAAUAUUUUUAUUUUUGAUGCCUGUUAUAGUUUCCAAAAAGUUACUCAUUGACCAAUUACCUGAACCGUCUUUUACCCUUGUUCCUUUUUCGCAAUCAGUACAAUUACUGUACAUAGUGAUUUAGUAUUUUGUUAUAACUACUUUUAUGAUAAAAAUAAAAUUAUAUUUUAACGAGUUUUAUGACGUAUGAUACACCUUUAAUAACAACUUUAUGAUUUUUUUAUAAGAAUUCACCGUUUAAAAUAACAUUAAAUGGUUCAUGAAUGUACUGUUUGUUAUUCAAUAAAAUGCAAUAUUUUAUGAUACUUUCAUGUCUAAAAUUAAAACUAUUUUCUGAAAAACUAAUAUAAAAUCUAUUUCAGACAAUUUUUUAAUAAAAGUAGUCAAAUAAAGAACAUCUUUUUAAAUGUUUUUUAGGCUAUAUUUCUGAUGAAAUAUUAUUAUAGAAGUUAUUAAAUAAAUAGUAAAACUAUAUAUUUUCCAUAAUCUUAUUGUCGAUUCUUAAAAUAGUUGUAAUAUAGAAUUCAUCUAUUAUAUAACAUACGUGAAUAUUGUUAAUAAACAUUUAAAAUGUACCGGAACAAAAUAUUAUGUUGUUAUUUUAAGUAGUGGUUUUGCCGCUUAGCAAUGAUUUCUUGCGUGCGCCAUUUGCUUCAUACAGGCAUUUUGGAAGUAUUCUUUUUCUACAUUCAAUAAAUAUUAUCUUGCAGCAGAUACAUAGCUUUAUACCCUUUAAUUUUUUAAUUUAUAGCUCCCAUGAGAAUAAAAGCAAAAACAUAUUUAUACGUUUUACCACUGUAAAUAUUAUAUAGUGUCAUUAAAUUAUUCAUUAAUCA